CAGAGAAGAAAAGAGCUAGCUCUGCUAUUUCAGAUCUUUCACAGAUCCUAAAGUCUCAAGAUGGAUCAGCUUUUUUAAGGAAUUCAAGUGAAGUUUCAGCUGAUAAAGACCUAUCCCAUAUACUUCCAUUAAAGACCCAUGAUAAAUCAUUAACAAGACUAUUAUCAAAAGAAGAAAUUGAAGAUUUACUGUCUGCCAAAACAUCACUUCAAGGGAAUGAAACAACAACAGCAUCAUUCAUUUCACCUCCUGUUCUUACCAAAAGAAAGCCAAUGGAUAGUGAGCUUUCAAAGGAUGCUGCUAUAGAAGAGAAAUUACAAAAUAAGACUGAAAAACAAACUUACCAAGUAUCAAGAGAAUUUCAAGCUCAGGAUAAAGUACCUGAUGAAAAUAUUGGACUUGAGGAUGAAGCAGUAUCAAGCACACUCAUGCAGAUGUUUCAACAAAGAACUUCUAGAAUGAAUAGACGCAAUGCAUUUCUUGUAGCUCAGCAAAAGGAUAUAGUAUCUACUGCAAAUCAGUUGCCUGGGGGCAUGGCUUUAAUUUUAAGAAGCCUAUCUCAAGAUAAGAAUCUUAAAACUACCAGAAGUGAGAGCUUUGAUAUACCAGAUGAAGAACAUAUGAUUGAGCAUGAAGAUUCAGUGUCAAAAACCAAAAUGCAAGUAGAGAAACAAAAAACUUCUAGAAAGGGAAGAUUCAUUACUCAUGAUAAAGUACCAGAUGAAAAGCUCAUGCAUAAGAAUCAGGAUUCAAUGUCAAAAACCCAACAGCAAGUAAAGAAACAAAGCACUCUCAGAGGGGAAGGACUCUCUGCUCAGGAUGAAGUACCAGGUAGAAAUCUUCUGCUUGAUGGAAACCAAGAUUCAAUAUCAAAAACACAAAUGCAAGUAAAGAAACAAAGAACAACCAAAGGGGAAGGAAACAUUGCUCAUGAUGAUGUACCAGACAAAAACCUUAUGUUAAAGCAUGAGGACUCAAAGUCAAAAACAGAAAUGCAAGCAAAGAAACAAAGAACUACCCAAAAUGAAAAACUUAUUAGUCAUGAUAAUAUGACAGAUGAAAAUCCUGUGCUUGAGUAUCAAGAGUCAAUGUCAAAAAUCCAAUUGCAAGUAAAGGAACAAAAAAUUGCUAAAGGGGAAAGACUCACUACUCACAAUAAAGUACCAGAAAAUUUUAUGCUUGAGCCUCAAGUUUCAAUGUCAAAAACCCAUCUACAAGUAAAGAAAAAAAGUACUUCUAAAGGGGAAAGAGUCAGUAUUCAGGAUGAAGUAACAGAUGAAAAUCAAAUGCUUCAGCAUCAAGACUCAAUAUCAAAAUCAGAAAUUCAAGUGAAGAAACAAAGAACUCACAAAAGGGAAAUACUUAGUACUCAUGAUGAUGUGCCAGACAAAAAUCUUAUGCUUAAGUACAAAGAUUCAGUGUCAAAACAUCAAAUACAAGGGCAGAAACAAGUAACUUCCAGAGAGAAAAAACACAUGACCUUUGAUGAAGAACAAGAUGAAAAUCUUAUGCUUAAACAUCAAGACUCAGUGUUAGAAACCCAAGUACAAAAAACUUCCAUGGAGGAAAUACUCAGUACUCAUUUUGGAGUACCAGAUGAAAAUCUAAUGCUUGUGAGUCAAGAUUCAGUGUCAAAGCCUCAAGUGCAAGUAGAGAAAAAAAUAACUCACAAAAGGGAAAGACGCCAUACUUAUUUUGGUGUACCAGAUGAAAAUCCAGAUGUAAAUCCAGAGUCAGCAUCAAAAUUCCAAGUGCAAGUAAAGAAAGAAAGAACUUCCAAAGAGGGGAGACGCAAAACAUUUCCUCUUGAAAAGCAAAAAAAUUAUAUGAUAUCACAUGAAAACCUAUUUCCUGAGGAGAAAGUUUUAUUUUCAAGAAACCAGUUUCAAACUAAGAAUGAAGCUACCAGAAACAUAAAUCUUGAUACCUCUAUUUCUGUAGCUGAGAAAAUGGAUGAGAAAGCAGGUAAAAAUCUUUCACCUGAAGAUAAUAAAGUUUUAAUUUCAAAAGGCUCAUCUCAAAUUAAGACACUUGGAUCUGUCAGCAAAGCAGGACUUAGUAAUCAGGAUAUGGAUGAACCCUCAGGUUUUACACUUGAAAAUCUAGAACUCGCUUCAGGAUACAAGGAUCAACAUCAAACAAGUGGAGUUUACCAAUCUCAAAGAUUGAGUGUUAAAAAUGAAGCAGCCUCAGAACUUUCAGAUACAGCAGAUCAUCCAGCAAUAUAUCCAUCAAUUACUGAUAUAAUACAUCAAUUAGAUUUAAACAAAGUCAUAGAAACUAAUAUAGAACACUUGAAAGGUGUUAAUGGAACACGUAUAUUGCUGAAGGAAAUGAAGAUACAAUCAAAAAAUCUCCCUGAGAUUGAUGCAGAGCUCCUAGGUGCUAUGGAAAGAGGUAUGCUAAAGAAGGAGAUCAAGACACAGUCAAAGAGUCAUGCUGGUGUGAAUUUGUUUAAAGACAGUUAUAUGUCCCCACAACAUAAAGAAGAUUUUUUCACCAGUGACAUCACACCACAGAAAGUCUCAACAAACAGGAUCAGUUUUUCAUCUUUUGACAAUCAAGGAAUGAAUUUGUUUAAAAACAAAAAUAUGUUUUCAAACCAACAAGAUUUAGUUCCGAAGAACAUCUCAAUGAGUAAAUUCCCAACAAAAGUGAUCAAUUUAUCACCCUUUGACAGUCAAGAAGAACCUUAUGAAUACACUUCACCCCAUGUGAUUGAACCUCCAAAAGCAAAUCAUAGAACCUCUAAGGCUGGGUCAACCAUUUAUAAAGCCAUCCAGCUUCCUUCAUUGAAUAAAGAACCUUCAGGGCAUCCAAAAAAUACUGUCUCAAAAAAACAUGUUGGAUUUAUGAAUACUCUGCCUGCUAUAAUCUCUACAACUAGAAAACCUAUCUAUGAAGUGCCACAUCCUGCUGCCCGAAAUCUCUACCACGUCCCUAUUUUUGAGAAAAAAUAAGUUCUGGUCAAGAUAAGCAACAUGAGCAAAUAGCAAUGAAAUGUGCAAAUGUGGAAGCUUUAUGAGAAUAACACUAACUUGAAAGGAUGGUGCUUAUUGAACAAUAGUGAGAAAUACCCUGGAUAAAUAGGGUAGACCCGGAUUAUGGAGGAGUUUAGUUGGUAGCAGAAUUCUUCUUUACUAUCUGGAACAAACUUGAAACUCAAAGAUCAAAGCUUUUUUGUUGUUGAUGUUAAGGAGCCCUAUGCUGAAGCUCCAGCUUGCUUCUAUUCACUAAUAUUCCUGUAAUAUCUUCAGGUGUGAUGUGAAACCAAUUAAAUGAAAUUUGA